UCUAGCGAGACGGGGAGCGAGAGAGGGAGCGCGCCCGACUUCUCCAUUGAAACGCUUUGAAACAGCUACGAGCGACGGGAUGCCGGCGACAAGUGGUUAAACGGUGUCUUGAUGAGCGACUUCCAACCCCCCCUACUCUCAACGCUGGUUUAGUCUGGCUCGCCCCCAGUUGCUGCUGCAUUUGUCCCGGGAUGACCUGUUGAUGUCGGUAGCUAAAAUAGAAUUUUCUGUAGUGGUGCUGGCCAUUGCGUCAUGGCUCAGACCCUUCAGAUGGCGAUUCCCAAUUUCGGCAACAACGUCCUGGAGUGUCUGAACGAGCAGCGCCUGCAGGGGCUGUACUGCGACGUGUCCGUGGUGGUCAAGGGCCAUGCCUUCAAGGCCCACCGUGCCGUGCUGGCGGCCAGCAGCUCCUACUUCCGCGACCUGUUCAACUCCAGCGGGGCCAGCAAGACUCCCGUGGUGGAGCUGCCGCCCGCCGUGCAGCCGCAGAGCUUCCAGCAGAUCCUGUCCUUCUGCUACACGGGCCGCCUCAGCAUGAACGUGGGCGACCAGUUCCUGCUCAUGUACACGGCCGGCUUCCUGCAGAUCCAGCAGAUCAUGGAGAAGGGCACAGAGUUCUUCCUCAAGGUCAGCUCACCCAGCUGCGACUCGCAGGGCCUGCACGCUGAGGAAGCCACCCCUCCGUCGGAGCCCCAGAGCCCGGUGACCCAGACCACGCAGGGCGGCGGGGGGCUAGGGGGCGGCGGCGGGAUGAGGGGCUUGGUGGUUGGUGGUGGUGGUGGUGGCUCCGCAGCCAGCCGGCCCCCGUCCUGCCUGAGCCCCAGCCCGCUGCCCCUGGUGUCCAAGGUGAAGACGGAGCAGCCCGAGGCCUCCCCGUACUCGGUGGUGUGCACGCCCGUGGCCAAGCGGCUGUGGGAGGGGGGCAGCAGCGGGGGCGGCUCGGGAGGCUCCGGCGGCAGCAUGAGGAAGGCGGCGCGCUACUCCUCCUCUUCCUCCUCCUCUGCUUCUGCCGCCGCCGCCGCCUCUGCUGCCGCCGCCCAGGAGGCGGCCGCCCGCAACAGCGCCAUCCAGGCCCAAGCCCAAGCCAGUCUGGGCCUGAGUCUAGGCCUGGCGCUGGCUGGCAGCGGUGGGGUCGGCGGCGUCUGUGUCGGGGGCGGCGGCAGCAGCAACGGGAACGGUAACGGCACCAGCGCCGCCACGCCCGAGGGCACCAGCCCUGGCAACCUGAGCGCCUACACCAGCGACUCGCCCAUCUCCUACCACGACGACGAGGAGGAGGAGGAGGUGGUGGACGAGGGCACGGAGGAGCAGUACCGGCAGAUCUGCAACAUGUACACCAUGUACAGCAUGCUCAACAUGGGCGCCGCCGAACACGACCGGCAAAGGGAGGCAUGCACAGCAGUGUGGAGAGUGGCGGGGGAGAGAGUGGAGGCCCUGCCUGACCACUCGGAGACCAGGAGUCGGGGCCGUGGCCGCCAGGACCUGGCCUGCCUGCCCACCGAGCUCAUCGCACAGAUAGGCAACCGCUGCCACCCCAAGCUGUACGAGGAGGGAGACCCAGCAGAGAAGCUGGAGCUGGUCUCAGGCACCAACGUGUACAUCUCGAGAGCCCAGCUUAUGAACUGUCACAUCAGUGCGGGCACCAGACACAAGGUGCUGCUGAGGAGGCUCCUGGCUGCAUUCUUCGACAGGAGUACUCUGGCUAACAGCUGUGGGACUGGCAUCCGCUCCUCCACCAACGACCCGAGCCGCAAGCCCCUGGACAACCGCGUGCUGCACGCUGUCAAGUUCUACUGCCAGAACUUCGCCACCAGCUUCAAGGAGAGCGAGAUGAAUGCCAUCGCGGCGGACAUGUGCACUAAUGCGCGGCGCGUGGUGCGCAAGAGCUGGAUCCCCAAGCUGAAGCUGCUGAUGGCCGAGGGCGACGCCUACGCCAGCUUCCUGCCCGACGGGGUCAAGCUGGAGGCCGACGCCCUGACUGCCGAGGCCGCCUUCGACGCCGCUGCGGCCGGGCUGGAGGGAGGUCAGCCGGGCACCGGGGCUGGAGAGGCUGGGGUGGGGGUGGGGGUGGGGGACGCGCUACAGGAGUUGGGGGGAGACGGCAGCUCCUUGUUUUAA